UACUUUAUGCUUUAAAUCUGCCUAAAACUCGUUUCUUGAAAUAAACCUUGUCGCUCUAUUACUCGAACACAGCGUGUGGAACAGGACUGACGACGAUGUGUAUUGGUGACAGGAGUGUUGUUACAGCACGCGCUCUGAGGCGAAGAUGAGUCGGGCAGCUGUGGCGGAUGACAGCGGAACCCGCGUGAAAGACUUCGUACUUCGUCGCAGCGUCUUUUUGAAGAAGGUGUUUUAGAUUUAACGGAGACGACGUGUUUCGUUAGUAAAGGAAGACCUCUAUCAAGCCUGUGUAAUUCCCCUGCACGUCGAUUGAUAAGCGGUAUCCCCCUGCUGUGUGUAAAGCAAGCACUCAUGAAGAAACAAUGCUCUUCUUCACCAGUUUGCUGAUGGAGUUGUAACUGUGACCCUUGAAGAUAUGGUUUGCAGUGAGCAGAGUUCUGGCAUGUCAGUGCCCAAAAAGGAGACCCAGAGCCGAAAGAAGAGGAAAUCCCGUCCUCAGGGUCUUCCCUCUCCAGCCUUGUGCUGUGCAUGUGGAUUGUGCAUUAUGUUGGCAGGCAUCAACAUCACCUUGGUGGGCGCCUUUGCCUUUAGCACUCUUGUGCCCUCCAGCAAUCCUCCAAUCAUCAUCGGACCUAUACUUCUACUGGUGGCAUUCUCCUUCUUCGGGGCUUGUUGCAUCUGCAGUCGGUUGCCUCCUCCUCAAAGCUCUCGCCGGUCCAAGGGAGGUGGUGGUUUGGGCUUCAUGGGUCGAGGGGCAGGUGGGUUGGGUGGAGGUGCAGCAUUUGAGAUCGAAACCAGUGAGCACACGAUGCAGGACACCACAGCCGUGCAGCUCAGUCCCACCAACUCACCCUGCUCCUCUCACGCGUCCAGUCCAGAGAGAGAGGCUCUGGCCAAUGCCGCCAAUGCGACCGUUCCUGCCCCGGAAUAUGUCCCUCCAAAAGCCUGCAAGCUCUUCACCAUGGAGUCAAAUGGACCCAAUUCUGCUUUGGCAGCAUUUUCGGCUUCUACAGGGGGUGGUGGGGCGGUCCGACUCACUUUGCCCUCAGACUGCACCGCCACGUAAGGCUGCCAGUUUAGGUUGCUCUCUGGAGAAAGGCUGGUAUUACGUUGUGUAAAUAGGUUUGCAGAGGGGUCAACAACACUUUGUGUGGAGAAUUCUUUGUCACAGCUGGCAUGUGCCAUGAGGUGCAACAACAGAGAACGUUCCUGUGAGGGCCAUGCUAUGUGUGUCUAAUAAAAAUGACAGUUGUAUGUGAGAAUCAUAUGAGGAGCUUUGUAUUCUCUUAUGCUCCCAUACUCGGAGAGAGAGAGCCUUGAAAGUUGAAUCACUAUGGUGUGUUUCACAUAUUCACACUGUGCCACUGUUACUCAGAGCGUUCACAGUUACUGCGCUCAAAAGAGACAGAAUCAGCUGUUGUGUAAAGAUGGCUUUGGAGACGAGCCGAAGAAACAGAACCAGUGGCUCAGCAGAGAGAAACACUGAGGAUUGAAAUGUCAGUGCAAAGACCAAUAAAACAUUCUAUAGUGUGUUAACUGUGUUUUUAAAAUCUGAAUUCAACCAUGGCUAAACUGCCGUGCCAUGGCACAGAUGUUGUAUGUUUUCUCUUAAAUAUGUCAGUGUUUUAAGUCUGUUCAAUGCUAAAUACAUUUGGCUGUGAGUGGUCCUUUUUUGAUGACUCUCCAAGGCCAAGUGCUUUGUUUUUCAGAUGCUCAAAUAAGUUGUGACACUGUGUAAAAUCACUGCCAUUUAAUCACAUGACUCUCGAAAAUGAGGUUACUAAGCAGUGCCGACAAACUGCGGGGUAAAAACAACUCAAUUUCCACAUGGAAAUAAUGCAUUAAGGUUAGAUUUGCCUCACACUGUACAGCAAAAACAACAAAUGUGCAUAUAAGUAUACCCAUUUAUUGAGCUGUACUCCUACUUUAGUUGCAUUUUGUUUGUUGCUGAGGGUUGUGACAUUAUAUAAUGAAGCAACAGCCCAUUUAUCUUGAAAAAAAUAGCCGCAAGCCUUUAUUUUACACUGUGGUUUAUAAUGCUGCCAAGUAAACCAAUAUCUCUCCUAUUCUUGUAAUUGCCAAAGGCUGUUUUCUCACUCUGUAUCCCUCUGUCUUAUGUUUAAUAUUAUAAUAGCAUUACAUAUUUACAACUGCUCACAGUAUUUUCCUCUGAACUGUCUCUCUCUGUUUUACUUCCUUUGCCCUUUGAAACAAGAGCCAGUACUGUUCUUAAACAUGCCCUUCAUCACUGACCUGCGCUGAUGGUUCAAGCCAAACAGUAAAACAAUUUCCGUCAUGUUGAUUCUAGUAGAGAGGUUUGCUAAUGCAACUUUCUUUGACUCUGUGGCAGAGUCGCCAACACACUCGUAUAAAAAGCAAAGGGCAUCAUCCAUUUAUUUUAAACCAUUGCAACAUCAAAGACAGCUUGCAAAAGUAAUGGAGGUUCCAGAUUUC